AUGACACGCAUCCUGAAGCUCGGCUGGCUCAGUCUCGCCAUCGCCUCUGUCGCAGCCUCUAGUGACGCGGCGCCGAGCCAGGAGACGACAAAAUGGAGCGCUUUCGAGCAUGUCAACGAAGCUCAAUUCAGGAAGGCCAUCAAGGAGAACCCAUAUAGUCUUGUAGCUUGCGCGAUUGGCAGCCUACCAAGUGACGAGGCCCUCGAGUGGGAAUGGCCCGCCAUCAAGGAGAAAGAACCCAACGUCCUCUCGGUCGACUGCGCCGCCGAGCCCGAACUCUGCCUCGAGCACGACGUGAGGGCGUACCCAGCUCUGCGCUUCUACCGCAGCGGCAGCCUCUACGCCCGUUAUCGCGGGCCUCGCAAAGCCUCCUCUAUCCUGCCCUACAUGCAACGCAUCAUGCGCCCCGUCGUCGAUGGCCUCGAGGCUGCCAACCUGACGUCCUUCAAAGACUCGGACGACGUCGUCUUCAUCCUCCACCUGCGCGGCCAGGACGCCGGGCGCGGCCUCUACAAGCGCUUUCACGACCUCGCCGAAGAGUUCCACGACCGCUACACCUUUGCCAUUGCCAGCCGUGCCACCGACGGCUCGGCCGACGAGCUCGGCGAGGACGCGCCCAGCGUGCUGCGGCUGCUUCAAUCACCGCGACGGCCGCGAGGCCGAAGCUCGACCACUUCUUCCAGGACGUCGGCUCGCUGCGGCGCUUCGUCGUCGGCUGCGGCGAGAGGCUCGUCAAGCAGCUCACGCGACUCAACGCCUGGGGGCCCGCGCCCCGCUUCGCCCGACGACAUGUUGCCCGUGGCCAAGGAGCAUGUGGGCCGCGUCACGCUCGUGGCCGUCGAUCCCUUCGUAUUUCCCGAGGCCGUCAACCGCGUCGGGCUGCCGUGGGACUUUCCGUCCCUGGCGCUGCAGAACCCCGCCACCAAGACCAUGUCGCUGUUCAACAAGGCCGAGAUCAACGCCGGCGUCGUGGGGCGGUUCAUUGCUGAUGUUUUGCAGCUGAAUCCGCCAGCGCCGCAAGUGGGCGCUGCUGAGGAGGCUGUCAAGGCCGUGCCUGAGAUGUCCGAGGUGCCCGAGGUACCUGAAGACGAGGGCGUUGUGCUGGAGGACAAGGACAAGGAGCAUGAUGAGCUGUAA